AGUCAGGGCCGUGGUGUCGGUCCACCCGAGGAGCUCAGCCACAAAACACUUUCCAUUAAAGACUUUCUGCAUGACCAGAAGAGGAAUGGAUCUUCUCCCAAAUCACCAGACUAGUGAACUUUUGCACCUUGAUGUGUGUUUAGACGAGCUGACGCCUCAGCCCGGGAUCAUCCAGCUGCUCAAAACCCUGAGACCCCAGUGGAGGGCUGAGGAUCUCCAACUUAAGGUGUUUACCGAGGGCAUCACCAACCAGCUGCUGGGCUGCUCUGUGAGCACGGACACGGCGGUGGUGUUGGUGCGAGUGUUCGGACGCGCAACCGAGCUGUUCAUCAACCGACAAAAGGAGCUGGAGAUGCUGAAGCUGCUGCACUCGCACGGUUGCGGCCCAAAACUCUACUGCAGCUUCCACAAUGGCAUCUGCUAUGAGUUUCUGAAGGGUGUCGCGCUGGAUGAUGUUCUGGUCCGACAGCCUUUGGUCUACAGGCUGGUCGCCGGAGAACUGGGAAAGCUCCACUCCAUCAAGCCGACCUCCAUCUCGUCUGUGGAACCGGUGCUCUGGUCCAAGUUGGCUAAUUACAUUAAAUUAUUAAGGAACUGUGAAAAAGAAAAUGAUGUUUUAUGGCAAGGUUGGCAGACGAUUCCCAGCGUGGACGUGUUGCUCAGUGAGACGGAGGAGCUGAAGAGACACUUAAACAGACUGGAGUCGCCCACGGUGCUGUGCCACAAUGACCUGCUGAUCAAAAACAUCAUCUACAACUCAGAAGAAGGUGUCGUUAAAUUCAUCGAUUAUGAAUACGCUGACUUUAAUUACCAGGCGUACGACAUUGCAAACCACUUCAACGAAUUCGCAGGUGUGGAUAACGUGGACUACAGUCUGUACCCCAGCCGUGAGCUGCAGUGGGACUGGCUGAGCUCGUACCUGCAGAGCCUGAGGACCAACAGCCGAGUCGAGUCACACGUCACUCAGGGAGACGUAAACACACUGUACAUCCAAGUCUGCAAAUUCACACUGGUGGCUCACCUGAAUUGGGGGAUGUGGGCUCUGUUACAGGCCAAGUACUCCACCAUCAACUUUGAUUUCCUGAAAUACGCUGCUGCACGAUUCAGCCACUACUUUGAGAUGAAGGACGAGUAUUUAGGAAUGCCAUUUCCUUAAUCCCUGAACUACGAGCUUCAUGUUCACGUCUUCCCAUCUGACUGCUGAUUCAACAAAUAAACAAAUAAAUUAACUAAAAGACUUUUUUUAUUAUACAGUGUGUAUUUAGGGUUUAAACUGAAAUAUAAAUGUAUUGAAAUAUUUUUAUUCCAGUCAAGUGUGACGCACUCAGAAUCAGAAUAUAAUAAAUAGAAUUUAUUUACAAAGAAUUUAUUAAACUAAAAUGUUUUAAACCAGAAUUUUUUAAGAACAGAUCUGUUGUUAAAUAUUUCGGCACAAACUGUGUGUGUGUGUGUGUGUG